GUAACCGAAGUUGAGUCUCGCUCUAAAGGACUGAGCCUCGUGAGAAAACCUUAGUUUCCCCAGGAUCUAAGGGCAGCAGGGCCGGCUUGGAGGGAAUCGACCAGGCACUUGGAGGCCGUUUGUGCAGGCGCCCUGGAAUCGCACCACGCUCAAAGGGGCAGAGUUUCUGGAGGGAACCUCGGCCUCUCUGCAGCUUACAGGGUCCCCGAGGACCUCCUCAGGGCCGGCUUGGCGGGAACUGACCACGCUCCAGGUGGCCUCGCCAGGUGCCUGCGCAGGCGCGUGUGGGUGGGGUCAUGCGCGAGGGGCGGUGCUUCUGGAGGGAGGCGCAGUCUCUCAGCAGCCCACCGAGAGGGCGGAGUCGAAGGAGAGCGGCGUCAGACAUGCGGGACACAGACGCAGACGCAGAUGCAGACGCAGGCGGUGUGGCGGGAGGCAUUGAUGGCCACGGCUGCCCCGGUGGCGGGGGCACAGCGACAGCUGUGGCUGGUGAGGUUCCUCAUGUCGCGCGGGCACUGCACGCCCCAAGUCCGAGCGGAGACGCUGUGCCUGUGGCCAGAAAGCCGGAAAUCCAACCACACACAUUUGCCCUCAGCGUGCCUUUCCCAACCCCUGUGGAGGCAGAAAUCGCUCAUGGGUCCCUGGCUCCAGAUGCCGAACCCCACCGAAGGGCGGUUGGGAAGGAUCUUACAGUGAGUGGCUGUAUCCUGGCCGUCCGCUGGAAAGCUGAAGACUCUCACCUACUCCGAAUUUCCAUUAUCAACUUUCUUGACCAGCUUUCCCUGGUGGUGCAGACCAUGCAGCGCUUUGGGCCCCCUGUUUCUCGCUAAGCCUAGUCUGGGAAAAGGAGGCGAGAGGUCUGACCUUGUGUCUCCUAGGAAGUGCAUCGUUCUUAGGGCAAUGAUUCCCUGCUACUUUAGUAUGGGGACCUAAGGUUUGCCUGUAUCCGCUCUUGGGUGCUCAGGGUGCCCUUGUUUUGUUUGGUGCUUAAAUGUUUGUUAUGGCAGGAAAUAAAACUGAGCUGCUAUUCCAA